ACCGCUUUAUUGCUAAAGUAGGUCGUAUUCAGACUGGGCCUAGGGCAGCACCAGCUAUAUCUACAGCCCUGACAACAUGGCGCCCAAUGGGCCUCAUGCGUUUCUGUCUCUACAACCUACACUGACUAACAAUAGGGAAGAGUGAACACGGCCGCGCACUGCAUCCUGGGAGUUGUUUUGUUAGAAACUCCAGGCUUGCGUCACCCGGGCGGAAAUGGGCGGGGCCGGUGAGUGUCGCAGCACGUUUCCUGACGUCAGUCUGAAGAUUUGUGACUGACGUUCCUUUCAGCCAAUCACAGGAGAGCUCCGGCGGACGCCAGCCAAUCGGAGCGCUAGGGUUAGGCUAGGAGAAUUUGUAAAAGAAUCACUGGGCAGCGCCGCGCUGGAAGCUAGAGGAGAGGAAGACGAGAAGAUGGCUGCCGCUCCAACCGGGCCCUCCGAAGGGAUCCUGAUCGGGGAUAAGAUCUACUCCGGCGUCCUCAUCUCUCUGGAGAACUGCCUGAUCCCUGAGGAGCGGUGCGCCCUCACUCCUUCCAUCCUGGACGGGCUGGAUGUGGACACGGAGACGGACCUGCGCUGUGUGGGCUGCGAGCUCAUCCAGUCGGCCGGCAUUCUGCUGCGGCUCCCUCAGGUUGCGAUGGCUACAGGGCAAGUGUUAUUCCAGCGGUUCUUUUAUUCCAAAUCCUAUAUAAAGCAUUCAAUGGAGCAUGUUUCAAUGGCCUGCGUCCAUUUGGCAUCCAAGAUUGAAGAGGCACCAAGGCGCAUCAGAGAUGUGAUGAACGUGUUUCAUCGUCUUCGACAGCUACGGGAGAAGCAGAAGCCGACACCUUUGGUAUUGGAUCAGGAAUAUGUUAACUUGAAAAACCAAAUCAUAAAGGCCGAGAGGAGGGUCCUUAAGGAAUUGGGCUUUUGUGUGCAUGUGAAACAUCCUCAUAAAAUCAUUGUGAUGUACCUUCAAGUUUUGGAGUGUGAACGUAAUAAGCAUCUGGUCCAGACUUCAUGGAAUUAUAUGAAUGACAGUCUCCGCACUGAUGUCUUUGUGAGGUUCGACCCCGAAACAAUUGCAUGCGCUUGCAUCUAUCUGGCAGCAAGAACACUGGAGAUAAGCCUCCCAAAUCGUCCUCAUUGGUUCCUUCUCUUUGGCGCUUCUGAAGAAGACAUUAAGGAGAUCUGUCUUCAUAUUUUAAGGCUGUACACAAGAAAGAAGGCUGAUCUGACCAAUCUGGAAAGUAUAGUCGAGAAAAGGAAGCUGAUGCUCGAUGAGGCUAAGGCCAAGGCCAAAGGGUUACUCCCUGAUGGCACACCACGCAUUGACAAUGCUGCAGAGUUUUCACCCAAUAUGAAAAAUGUGUCCCCUAAGGAGGGAAAGUCAAGCAAACAGUCACCUGUCUCUUUACAUGCACUGAAAAAUGUCAAAAGGAAAAUAGAGGAUACAAAAAGGACGACCUCAUCAAGCCCUGUGAAUGGUGUCGCCAAAGGCAGAGAAAGCAGAAGUGGCAGCAGAGACCAGAGCUACUCCCGUUCUCGCUCGCGAUCCGGGUCUCCAAAACAAAGGAAAAGUGAAAGCUACUCUACCUCCAGUGGCUCAAAAUCUCGCAGUCACUCCAGAAGUCGAAGUGAUUCGCCACCUCGAAAAGCAAACCACGGCUCCUACAAAAGCUCUAAAAGCCAGUUAUAUGGGAAGGGUAAGGACUACAAGUACACUGGACAGAAAAGAAGAUCCCACAGCAGAAGCUCGUCCCCUCACAGCCGCUCACGUGGAAGUCCAGACUCUGGGAAGUACAAGAAAAAAAGUCACUACUACCAUGAGCGGCGGCGAGAACGCUCCCGAUCCUACGAGAGAGUGCCUCAUCGACACUAUGACCGCGAUUAUCCUGGGCACAGUCAUCACCGUAGAUGAAAUCCUGCAGCGACUUCAUACGGAUCAUGUUCAGAACUAUGUGUACUGGGUGAUAGAAUAAAUGUGGGGAAACUGACUGACCGGUCAGAUAUAAAUGUUGGUGCUAAUUGACAAACAAAGACUUCAGAUUUUUUAGGUUAUAUAUAUAUAUGUAUAUUUUUUUUCUUUUUUUUGGGUCCCCCAAUUGUUUAUGCUGGAGGAUAAAUGAAGCAUCAGUAUGGGGAACGCUAUAGUUUACAGCCCACAUUUGUCCAAAAUGAUGACAUUUCAGAAAAAAGUUGAACCAUGAAUAGACUGUCAGUAAAGUGAUGUAUCUGUAGCUUAUACAGUACAUUAUACAUGUAAACAAUUUAUUAUACUGUAGACCUAUAUUAGGUCAGAACUGUCUGUUGGAUUUUGUCAUGGGACAUGGCCUUAGCGUUUUGAACAUAUGUAAAUAAUUAUGUGUUACGUGUAAAGAGUCUGUGCAGGACAUUCUGUCAGUAUAGGUGUGAUGUACCUUGACACUUCUGUACCAUAUAUAAUUUUAUAUCUUACCAUGCCCGUGCCGGACACGUGCAGUCACACAUGUAUGGUCUUAUUAACUAUCAGACAUACAUGAAACUCUACUCAGGAUAUUUGAUAGCUCGAAUAUAUCUAAGGAGGUUCGUCUUUCUGCUUGUUACCAGAUCUAUGGUAACCAACCACAGCCAGGCCGUAUCAGUUUUAUUGGUAUAUCCAAGCUGUGUUCCUCUUUAUUCAUUAAAGUAUUGGAUUUUAUAUUUA